AUGGACCAAUUCGACCGUGAUCAGUACCCGCUUCUUCUCAAGCAAUUCAGUGGGUUGCAGCAGUCUGGUACAGUCUCUGAAUAUGCAGCAGAGUUCAAUCGCCUUGCCCACGGGAUUCUGCUCUACAACCCGGCCUAUGAUGAUACGUACUUUGUGACACAGUUUGUUGGAGGUCUCAAAGAGGACAUUCGUUCAGCUAUCGCCCUGCAUAGGCCAUCAGAUGUGGCUGCAGCUAGCGCAUUGGCUAUGCUGCAAGAAGACGAGUUGGGCAAGAAGCAGCGUUCCAAACCUUCUUGGCGUCAGUUUACUGAGCGUCCUAAGCAGCCAGACACUGAUAAGCCUAAACAUACUCCUGCACGGCUUGAUCAAGAAGAUAAGCUGUCAUCUCUGAGAGAUUAUCGUCGCAAGAACAAUCUAUGCUUCAAAUGCGGCGAGAAGUGGAACCAGCAUCACACUUGUCCUGCCAAGGUGUCCUUACAUGUGAUCGAGGAGAUAUUGGAUGCCUUGUCUUCAGAAGAGUCAGCUGAAGCCGUUCCAGAUGCUGAUGAGCUGGAAGAAGUCAUCUCGGUUCUAUCUUCUGAAGCAGCUGUCAGUCCCAAGAGACGUCGUACCAUGAAGCUUUGUGGAUUGAUCGAUAAUCAUGAGGUCCUUAUACUGGUUGAUUCGGGUAGUGUCGGCACUUUUAUCAGUGAUCGGAUCGUUGAUCAGUUGAAGUUGACGACAGUGGAAGCUGUACCCACCAAGUUUGUCGCGGCCGAUGGCUCCCCAAUGAUUUGCUCAUUCAGGGUACCUCACUUACAGUGGUCAACAAAGGGCUACUCAUUCACAUCUAAUGCUGGGGUUCUACCUUUGAAGUGUUUUGACAUGGUCUUGGACGAGGAUUGGUUAGAGGAGUGUAGCCCAAUGUGGGUGGAUUGGGUGAAGAAGGUUAUUCGAUUCACUCACAAAGGUAAUCGGAUUACUCUGACGGGAGUGCAACCAUCAGUGAAUUCCUAUGCACCUAUCUGCUCAAUACAGCUGCAAGGACUGUUGAAGCGUGGUGCCAUUGUGCAUUGUAUUCAGUUCAAGCCGAUGAUACUGUGCUGGCUGUAUCGACCUGCAAUCCUAUGUGGAUGCAGCGUAUUCAGGAUGGUUAUACUGAUGACCCUCAAGCGCAACAACUCCUGUCUGAACUUGUUAUCAAUCCUGAAAACGCAAAAGGGUACUCAUUGGUUGAUGGGAUCAUUCAGCUCAGAGGGCGUAUUUGGUUGGGAUCAAAUCAGCUGGCUCAACGUCAUGUGA